CGCCUCUAGCGGCGGGCGGCGGCAUUACAGGUGAGAGGAGAAGGUGGUGCUGGAGUCUGGAGGCGGCGCUGCCCUCAGUGUCUUGUCGACGGCCUUAUAGUGUGCAGGUUACCCACUCUUCACUACAGUUAUGAUGCGGUUACUCAUCGUGUGUCUGGCAGCUGCGUCAGCUGCAGCGUUCGAGCUCCUUGGAAAACGCGAUCUGUGUGAUAGCGUGGAAUGCAGAGCGGGACGAGAGUGUGUGGUGAGUCAAGGUGCUGCCCACUGUCAGUGCAUUGAAUUGUGUCCUGACCGCUUUGCCCCAGUGUGUGGCUCUGAUGGCGUCUCCUAUGACAACCACUGUCUCCUCCAUCGUCACGCCUGUUUAUCAGGGGAGCACAUCAAAGUUAUUCACAAAGGUCUGUGCAAGAAGAAUAAGCAAGUAAAAAAGAAGCCAGAGAAGAAAGAGGAACCAGCCGUGUGCUAUAGUAGCCAGCGUGAUGCUCUUCUGGUGGUGGUGAGGAAGCACUGGCAGGACACCUUGUCUAACCAGCCAUGGCAUGUCUCCGACAUGACGUACAGAGAGUCACUGUGGGGUCGCUUCUUCACAUGUGAUGCCGAUAAAGACAAUUAUGUUAACUCUGAUGAAUUGCUGAAUUGCACCUCUGGUUCGUUCUUCUUAGCCCGUCCUGAACAGGAAAAUGAACUGACAAGGGCACUGUGUAUAGAUGCUAUUGUAGAUGUAGCAGACAGCAAUCGUGACUGGAGGCUAGAUUUUGAGGAGUUCACAAGAAUGCUGUCCCCAGACUUCCGGCCUGCUCAUAAAUUAUGCUCGCUAGAUGGAAAGAAAUACGACGAUGGAGAAGACGUGCAUGUUGACGGAAAUCACUGCGUGUGUGCAGUUGGGAGCUGGGUCUGCACGUCUCCAGAUACAUCAAAGGACAAGAACAGUGAAUUUGGUGGCAAGGAUUUUGACACGGAGAACUACAAUGAUUUGGACGAAGAUGAUUAUGAUGGAUCUCUUGAAAAUGCUGAAGAAUAUCUGAUUGAUGAGGAGGAAGAUGAAGAAUACCUAGAAGAGCUUUUUGACGAGCUACUUGAUAAACUAAGGAAGCAUCGCAAGCAGGAGCAGGAACACCACAAUCGGUUAUAGACUAGAUGGCCAAAGGGUAGAAAGUUUAAUGGGGGAAUGAAAAAUAUUGUAUGUUAGAGUAAUGAAUUGUAUUUGUAAGUAAUAAAAUUUGGAAGAGGCAUAGUUAUUAGUCAUGCUUUUUGGGUUAUCUAACAGGCAGGUUAAAUGUACUGAAAUAUAAAAAUGAAUGUGUUGUGGAUGUGAAGCAUUUAGAUUGAAAAAAAGGUACGUAGUAGAAAGGUGAAAAUGUUCGUGAUAGGGUUUUUGUUGUUGGAAAGAAAGUGUUUAGUGUUAAGGGUAGUGUGUCUUCCCCUUCCCCCCUGUGGCCUUCCUCCUACCACUAACGGGUAGGGCUGGGGGGGGGGGAUGUGUUAUUGGCCAGACACAUUUAAGUCAUGGUCACAAUUAUGAAAAUAAUGCUGGCAUACUGGUUGUCCAAACUGCAUUGCAAGAUGUGACAUGACUUAGAGGCAUGAUAUACCUCCAUCCUAAAGAUGUAAAAGCCAUAGAAAUUGUGGGAACAAAGGUACUACAGCCAAUUAAUAAUCCUUACCCUAGUAGGCAGUCAAAAUAUGCCGCUGCAACUCUUGCACAUCUUACAUGUCGUAACUGUCAGGUCUGCAUUAAUGUGGCAGAAUGUGUAUGCUGUGGUACCUUCCCAUCCCCACACUUUCUAUGGCCUUUACAUCUUUAGGAUGGAGGUAUAUCAUGCUUCUAAACAUUCCCCAACCCCACAGGGUAUCUUGUCAAAGAUAAAAUAUUUUGUUAGGGGUAUCAAUAAAUAUUGUCUAUUUGCCCAUAUAUCUCGAGUCUCUUGGAAUCUCCAUGUAAUUCAAUUUCUAUACUUCAUCCCACCUAUAUAGUCCAUAUCUGGCCUUGUCAUAUCACAAUUAGGUAUGUAGUAGUCAUUCUUUAGGGACGCGAGUCUCAUUUUACUCAGUGUCACCCACUUCCUGUAUUUUAUCCGAACCAUGGGGAAAUGAUCGAGGUCCUGUGUGGGCCCAUCGUUCCCUCCUUGGAGAGGCAACUACUGUGUUUUGCCCUUCCCAUUGCGGGAAAGUCCAUAUUAUUUAAAACAAAUGUAACAGCCAUACAAUGCUGUUAUUUUGCAUUUGUUAAAAUACAAUAAAUAUUCAUAAACAUGAUUACACAGAAUGGGAAUAUACUGCUAUGGCUAGCAUCUUGUCACAAACAUUAUCUACCUAGCUAAAACUAAUCAUUGGCCAUACAUAGCCUUCCCGGUUUGGUGCCUUCUUUUGAAUAUUACUUACUUAAUCAUUGGCCACAGGACUGAAAACUAAAUAAAUUAUUUCUACUUUAUUAAAUAUAUAUAGUAAAUAAUGAUCUGACAUCAAA